UCUCUUUUUCUUUUAUGAUUGCUCAUCAUUCCUUUCUUUAUCGUCGUGGUCGUGCUUCGUGGAAGUUGAGAAGUUGAGAAGUUGCAGCAGCAACGGUGGCAGAGAAGCAUAGCAAUUUAAUAUUCCACCCAAAUUUCACACAUUUCAUGUAAAUUCUUUGAAAAAAGCGUGUGAAAUUCUUAGUGAAAGAGUUUAAAUAGAAAUUUUCAAAUUUGCUAUCAGUUAGAGAAGCAGAUUGUGAAAUCGCGAAAACGCAUUGUGUGGUGGUGGAAAAUUUGCAACGCUGGCUGAGGCGAAAGAAACUGUGAAAAGGCAACGAGGAACUGGAAGUUGUGGAAGCAGCAACAGCAUUGCUAGUGUCAGUGAACGUAAUAGGAAGAGCGACUAUACAAUCGCUAGACAGGUUUCCCAAACUGUAUGCAACACCAAGAACAGCCGGAAAAGAAAAGAUUUAAUAAAUAAUAGUUAUUUAAACCUUACACAUGGAUUAUUCAUGAACAAAGGUAAACGGAACAGGGCGAACAGCAGGAAAAGACGAAAGUGAAAGGCAAAGCAGAGCAACGACAGUAACAGACGACGUUUCAGCGUUGGCAGCGUACAGAAGGCAAAAGUGAUAUUAGGCAAGUUGCAGUUUCGCUUUUUGAAGAUUUAAUCACUGUAAAACCUCGACUUUGUUAUUGUGGGUAAACAGUCGUACAAAGUUAAACGAGUCUGAGGAACUUUGUACACAAUAGUCUACUGAACUGCCGCCAACCAGAAAUGUCCAAUGGUGACGAAGUACUAGAUAACUGGGAAGAAAUUGAUGAAGCUGGUUUGUCAAACACACUGCAGAAGAUACAAAAGAGGCAGGAUACUCAACAAAAGCAAACUGACAAUUCUAAAGAGUUGUCAUCAACUUUAGCAAGUACUUCUUUAUCUUCAAUAGCAGAAUUGCCCAAAACAACAAUAUAUCCAGCCUCAUCUACAAACGAUCCCAAUCAAUCAACGUUCUCAAUAGCUGAAUUUUCAGGGCCUGUUGUCGCCGCAAACGUUCCGAUGAAACUUUUACAACGCAAUGCAAAUAAUUCUCCAAGUAGUAGCAUGCAGACCACCACUGCAGCUGAUUCAAAGUCACCACUUGACGAUAUGGCCGCUUCAUUUCAACCGGUUAUGAUGUUGCUCAACCAACCAGCCGAUGAGUAUCAGUCUCAGACGUAUGCGUCUCCAACGAACUUGCAGACUGUGAAAAUAUUACGCCGUCCAACUCAAUCAAUGGAGCCGCGUAAUAAUGGCAUUAAACCGCGUCAGCCUAUAAAAACGUUGCAACAACGUGAACAAGAGUAUGCGGAGGCGCGUUUGCGUAUACUAGGCGCAGCGAAAAAUCCCGAAGAUGAUACCAACGCUUCAAACAUGUCGAGCAGUUCGAAUGUACCAGCAACGGCCACUGUCAGUACGACUGCCAGCACAACAAAUAAUACGUACAAGGGCAAUUCGCCAAAAGGCAAUCCGUCUGGUAACAAAGGCGGCGGUGCAGGUGGUGGUGGUGGUGGUGGUGGCAACGGUUCGCCUCAUAAUCUGUACAAUAAUUAUUAUAACAAUCAAAUGCAGCAGCAACAUCAGCAAUUACAACAACAACAACAACAUUUACAGCAGCAAGCUAAUUAUUACUAUAUGCAGCAACAAAAACAGCAGCAACAGCUGCAGCAACAACAACAACAGAUACCACCCGCCUACAAUACACGUUCAAUGUCAGCGUUGCUGCCACUUCCGCUUCCGACUACGCUACAACACCAGCAUCAACAUCAACAUCCGAAGCCACAGCCACAAAAUCAAACUUGGUCGCCCGUGGUCGGCGGCAGUGUAUCCUCGUCAGCCUUACGGCAACAACAACAAGAGAGCAUUUUGCGUUUACCACGCGGACCAGACGGGUCCACUGGCUUUCAAAUGCGUCGGUAACGAGGUGAAUUUCAACGAAACUGAUUUCCAACUCAAACAUCGCCGUACUCGUAAAAAAAAAAUCCUUCGUUAAAAAUUGUGACCGAGCGCAUGCGCCAAGCGCCAAUUACCUAUUUUCAAUUGUCACAUACGUAUGCCUACCUUACUCAUUUCAUUUUCUUCUACGUUUAUUUGUCCAAUAUAUCACCCUAAAUAAUACAACAGAUUCAACUAAAAAAUUUUAAUGUAAUUUCAUAGAAACCGAAGAAAAGAAUAAUAUCCGGCAAAUUUUAAAGUAAUCAUGAGCUAAGUUCACCCAAUUAAAUUGUAAACACCAACACAUACAUAUGUAUAUACUUAUCCGAUUUUCUUUUAGUAAAACUACUUUUUACGCAUAAUCAAAAUGUUAUCUAUCGUUUUUGGAAAUUUCGAAGAGCGAGAGAUAUUCGUUCAUUUUAUGUUUAUUUAAAGGAAAAGAGAUAAAUUGCGAAAAAAAAAUGCA